CAGGUCUCAUCGUUGAUUUAUAGGUUAAAGUGUUGUGUUGAGGAAAACCAAAUAUGAACCAGAAGUUGUGAGCAGUCUGUGCAGUUUAUAUAUUAGUGCUUUCGUAAAACAGAAAUGUCCAAAGCAACGAACUACGAUUCGCAUAGUGAAGGACCAGGUUUCGUAGGUAUUCGGUUUUGCCAGGAAUGUAACAAUAUGUUGUACCCUAAAGAGGACAAGGAAAAUAAAGUGCUAAUGUACGCGUGUCGGAACUGCGACUACAAACAACAUGCCGAUUCAAAAUGCAUUUACGUGAACAAAAUUAUGCACGAAAUUGAUGAACUGACACACAUAGUUUCCGAUGUAAUUUCUGAUCCCACGUUGCCCAGAACUGAAGACCACCAUUGCCCAGUUUGCCAACACAGAGAGGCAGUUUUCUUUCAAGCCCAGACUCGACGAGCUGAAGAGGAGAUGCGAUUGUAUUAUGUAUGCACCAACCCCCAUUGUGCGCAUCGUUGGACUGAAUAAAUGAACUGGGCUUUUUUUACCGUCUACGAAUAAACAACAUUUGGUUAUAUAUAUUUUCUUUAAUAUAACAACAAUUUCACAAAUAAAUCAGCUAUCCACAAUUAAA